AGGGAGAUGCAUAAAUAGUGUCAUAACCCCUAAUUUAGAGUUCUUCAGACAAAUCGAAACAAUUACAGUACGAAUUUUGUUUGUCUGUGUGCACUGAAUAGUAGCAUGAAUUAUGGAAGCGCCGCACGGCAAUGGAGUCGCUAGCCCUGCAUUUCAGUUACAGUUAGAACAGAGUUCGAGUUCCUCGCAAAUGAGUCAAAAACAUCCAUUGGCAUCAACAGCAAGUGAAGGGAGACGCGGUGAAGGUGAAAUUCAGUUUUCUCGCCUUGAGGCUUUACAUGUAGAUCCGCAAAAACGUGAACUGUUGGAAGCAAGAUUUUCUACUCCUCGAAGUAUGAAUCAAGACUCUCAACACAGCAAUGCCAGUAUUUCUUCUAUAGCAAGCGAUAAAGAAUUUGAGAGCACUCCACCAAGCCAGAAAAGUGAAAAACAUCCAGGAAGAAAACGGAAAGCAACUGUGGAUGGAGAUUCCCCUGGUAUUCUCAGUAAAAGUGGACGCUCAGAACCAACAAAUAAAAUCACAGAGUAUUUUAAGAAUGAAAGUUCCCCAGCUCGACGAAGUCCACAGAAUCUCUUACCAUCAUUUACAUCUCAGUUUCAAGCAGAGAGCAGUUCUACUCUACCAUGUCCAGUGAAUGUCAAAGUAUGUCUUCCUGAACCAGGAUCUGAGGGACCAGAUGGAAUUGAGUCAGCUGGGAUAUUUGUUCAUGAAUCCACACAGACAUACCUGACUGUUGAGAGUUUGAAGGAAAUGGAGAAUUGCUUGUCAACUGGAGUUGCUUCAUCUCAGGAAAAGGAGAACAAGAUCGAAGAACUUACAAGGUUGGUUGAUGAAUACAAAAGCCAAGUUGAUGCUCAACAGAAAACUGUUGAGAAGGUCAAAGAAAGUCUUGAGAAAUGUAUGGAAAUUAACAAGAAGCUUUUAAUUACAGCAUCCACCCUUGAAAAGAAAGCUGGCCGAGAAGUGUGCAUGAAGAACAGAUUGCAACUUGGUUAUUUUGCUCCUGUGAGGCAAGGAGUGUCAUUUGUGGAGAACUGGGUGGAUGGACAUGCUUUUAAAGAAUUGACAGCUCAGCAGGAGAGGAUCAAUCAACAGAGAGAGGAACUAGAAAAACAGAAGAAAGCUUUGGCAAAGAGAAAACCUGUGUCAAAUACCACAAAUGUGAAAGAAAAAAGACCAUCUAAGGCAGCCAGCUCGGAUAGUGAUCAAUUUGCAAGACCAACAUCACCUGUACUUUCUCCAAUGGAAUACCAUGAGAGAGAGGAAAUUUUAAAACUCAGGGCAAUAGGGCUGAAAAAGGAGGAGACGGAUCUUCAAAUGGAAUUAGAAAAAUUAGACAGAGAAAGAAACCUUCACAUACGAGAAUCCAAAAGAAUACAUAAUGAGGAUAACUCAAAGUUUAAAAAUCACCCGACCUUAAACGGAAGAUACUUGUUACUAAAUUUAUUAGGUAAAGGAGGAUUCAGUGAAGUUUUUAAGGGAUAUGAUCUCAAAGAACAUCGGUUUGUUGCGUGCAAAAUACAUCAGUUAUGUAAUGACUGGAAGGAAGAAAGGAAAACAAAUUAUAUCAAGCAUGCUCUACGUGAAUACAAUAUUCAUAAAUCUCUUGACCACCCUAGAAUUGUUCGCCUCUAUGACGUUUUUGAGAUUGGGCAACACUCUUUCUGUACCGUUCUGGAAUACUGCGAUGGAAAUGAUUUGGAUUUCCUCUUAAAACAACAUAAAACAGUGCCUGAGAGGGAGGCGAAGUCUAUUGUCACGCAAACAGUAAGUGCUCUCAAGUAUUUGAACGAGAUCAAACCACCAGUCAUUCACUAUGAUUUGAAACCUGGUAACAUUCUUCUGGGUGGGGGUACCGGAGCCCUCAGUGGGGAGGUGAAGAUCACAGAUUUUGGUCUCAGUAAAGUAAUGGACAACAGUGACGACAGUAUGGAUCUGACCUCUCAGGGGGCCGGUACCUACUGGUACCUCCCCCCUGAGUGCUUUGUUGUUGGAAAAGAGCCGCCAAAAAUCUCCUCCAAGGUGGACGUUUGGUCAGUGGGUGUGAUAUUUUUUCAAAUGCUUUAUGGAAGAAAGCCAUUUGGUCACAAUCAAACUCAAGCAGCAAUUCUGGAAAACAACACAAUCUUAAAGGCGAAAGAGGUUGACUUUCCUGCUAAACCUGCUGUCAGUUCUGAGGCCAAGAAUUUCAUUCGUCGUUGCCUGGUGUAUCGGAAAGAAGAACGAGCGGAUGUUCUGACGCUAUCAGAGGAUCCCUAUCUUAAGCCACCAUCGAACAAGAAAAACAGUUCCGUGACACAGACGUGACAUAACGCAAUGACAGUCGUGACGUCACUUGUUCUGCAUGACGUAACGCAAUGUUAACUGCUAUGUGUUUUCCUCGUUGGUUACGGAUGCCAACCUCAGACGUUACUUUAGAAGAGAUGUCUCUAGCAGGCGAACCAUGUGCGAACAACGUCUAGAAAUUGAGAAGACAUUUGAAAUCAAAUAAAUUGCGACCUGGAGCAUGGUUUUUGAGCAUUUCGUUUCAAAAUGGCCACACGAGGACUUCCAUUUAGCCGAGAAAGCCAUAAUGGUUGGACAUUCAGUUUCUGAACUUUUAAGUUUCGUGUUUAAGUCUAAAACAUUGUUAUCGGCGCUUUUAAAGUAUCUUCUUGUCACUUUUUGUGCUAGCUUCGUCAAAGUUUGCUUAAACUAGACGGUGUGCACCGUAAUGACCUAUUCGAACUUUGAUUUGUAAAAGUGUAGUUGGUAACUUUGGUCGUUUGAAAUUACGUCUGCUCUCAAUAGUCCGUAUCUGCCCCAAGUUGGCGUGGUGAAGAAGAAUUUACGGAGCUUAAAAUACCCGUCAGAAUAAGUAUAUUCUGUAAUGCUUGAAUCAAGUCUAACAGAACUACUAAAGCA